AGACUGCCUUAGCCGCGGACGCACCUCCUCCGACGGGUAGAGCGUACACCCUUCCGGAGGUGGGAGACGAGGGCCCGGCCUCCGAGAGCCCCUCUGAAGAAGAUGACCCAAGACCAACCUCUGCUUGCGGUGCAGGAGGCCCUGAAGCAGUGCUUCCCGGUGGUGGAGGAGCAGCAGGGCCUGUGGCAGAGCGCGCUAAGGGACUGCCAGCCCCUCCUGCUGUCCCUCAGCAACCUGGCAGAGCAGCUGCAGGCGGCCCAGAAUCUGCGGUUUGAGGACGUGCCACCACUUCGGGCUUUCCCAGACUUAAAGGAGCGGCUGAGGCGCAAGCAGCUGUGGGCUGGCGACACUGUCUUGGACAAGUUAGAGGAGAGGCUAACCGUCCUCCUCAAGGUGCGUGACACCGUCAGCAGCCACGUGGAGCGAGUGCUUCAGACCUAUGAGCAGCAUGCAGACACGAUUGGCAUGGACGGUGUCCUCCAGGCUUCGGUUGUGAGCCCUUCGGUAGCUGACAUGUUGGAAUGGUUGCAAGAUAUUGAGAGACAUUAUCGAAAUUCUUACCUGAAGAGAAAGUGCCUCCUGUCCUCCAUCCAGUGGGGAGACUUGGCCAACAUCCAAGCUUUGCCCAAGGCCUGGGACCGGAUUUCAGAAGAUGAACACCAAACCCUUGUACAAGAUACCCUAUUGAAUGUUUCCUUCUUCUUGGAAGAGUAAGGAAGUGGUGUGUUUAUCAGCAUACUAGUGAGACACGGUUGAAGGCUGAUACUGGUGCAUUCUGGUAUUUCUAAAGAAAUGUCAGUAUUGUAACCUAACGUACUUGAGAGAUUAGUGCCUGGGGCCGGAGGAGUAGCCCUUGGGAGGGUUGUGUUAGAUGUUUCUAAUGUUGCGGCCUCCCCCUGCUCUGUCAUGGUUGAAAGUACGUGGACGCCCCUUGCCCUUUUCUAGGCUCCGGAAUGGAUGAUGGAGGCAGAGAGAAUGCAGGAAAGGCAGUGCAAGAGAACACUGGGGGCAGGAGCCACAGCCACAGAUGUGGUAGGGAAGGAAAGGACGGGGGAGAGAGUGGCAUCCCUCUGAGCAUCAUCCAAAGGGCUUGGUCUGAGCUUGGUUGACACCCAGCCCUGUUCUGUGUAUUUGUAUCAGUACCUGAUUCCCUGACGCAAGAUGAUUCUUCUUGAUGAUUUAAAGAAAUAAGGGUGAUAUUGAUGGAAGACAGUACAGAUCUUCCUCGACCUAUAAUGGUGUUACAUCUUGAUAAUGUCAUCAUGUAAGUUGAAAAUAUCGUGAGUCAAAAAUGCAUUUAAUACACCUACCUACCCUACCAAAUGUCAUAGCUCAGCCUAGCCUGCCUUAAAUGUGCCCUGAACACUCACAUUAGCCGACAGUUGGGUAAAAUCAUUGAAUACCAAGCCUGUUGUACCAUAAAGUGUUGAAUAUCUCGUGUAAUUGAUUGCAAAACAGAAGGGUGGUAUGGGCACGGAGUGGCUGUGUAAGUUGUGCACCCUUGUGAACUUGGGGCUGACCGUAAGCUGGGGCUCGCUGCUGUCACCCGGUGUCACAAGAGAGGAUCGGACCGCGUAUUGCCAGUCCGAGAAAAGAUCCAAAUUCAAAAUCUGAAGUACGGUUUCCGGUGGACACGUAUUGCUUUUGCACCAUCGUAAAGUUUGAAAACUCAUAAGUCAGAGUCGUCUGUCUAUCAUUGUCCAGCUGCUUUAGCUCCUCGUCGUCAUUCAGUUUCCGGAGUCCGCCACCAGGGGGAGGUGGUGCAGCGUGAAUCAUUCUCAGUGCUUUGUCUUCGAUGGUGUUCCUCUGUUCCCUGUCUGAGAGUUAAGUAACUGGGCAUAGUAAGACUGCUAAAAUGAUGGGGGUUUUUUUCUGACCAAAGCUGGCACCUGAUUUUCCACAUCCCUCUGAUCUUGGAGUAGCUGCACGGUGGGAGAAGAGCGCCCAGAAUCAGGCCAUCAGCGUUAUUUCUGAAGCCCAGUGCCUUCAUCUGUGAAAUGGUUGGGUACUUCCAGACCUGUCAGCUUCCUAGGCUGUGGGAAAAUCUGGGUCACUGGAUGUAGAGAGGCUUAAUAAAGAGUGUAGAUAUUUUUAAAAUGAAGAUGACUUUUUUUUUUUUUUUUUUUUUUUUACUACAAAAGUGAUCUAUAUGCUUUUUAAAAAAUCAGAGGAAAAUUGUAGGAAAAAUUUUAAAUGUAGAAACGUAUGAAACACAAACUCCAUCAGAGAUAUUUUGAUAUAUGGCUCUUUCUGUGUCCAUAUCCACAAAUUAAAAAAAAACCCACAAAUGUGGCAUCAUUGAUAUAUACUGUUAAAUAAACUUUUUAUUUUUUUAAUUAUUAUUUUUUUAGAUAAACUUUUUUAUUAUUUUUAAAAAUUUUUAAUUUUUAUUUAUUUUUGAGAGGAAGAGCAUGAGCUGGGGAGAGGCACAGAGAGAGGGAGACACAGAAUCUGAAGCAGGCUCCAGGCUCUGAGCUGUCAGCACAGAGCCCGAUGUGGGGCUCGAACUCACAGACUACGAGAUCAUGACCUGAGCUGAAGUCAGAUGCUUAACUGACUGAGCCACCCAAGUGUCCCUAGAUAAACUCAAAAAAAAACUAUUUUAGCCAUCUUUUCACUUUCGUAUCUCUAAAAAUAGCUCAACACAAUAUACACCAGGGUACCUCUCAUAUACAAUUUUAGGAAUGUAUUAUAUCUUUUGUUUUUCCAAAUCUUCAUGUAUUUCUACUUACAAAGAUUGUACAUUCUCACUGUAGAAGAUUGAAGUAUUACAGAAAGUGAAAAUGCACAGUGUCUACUGUUUUUAACAAUAUGGUAGACGUUCUCCCAGGAAUUUAAAAAAUCUAUCACAUACGUUAAUAAUCAUAAAUAAAACUUAAAAGACAUUUGGGUGUCAGGCCUUAUGAUGUGCUCUGGAGACAGAUGAAAGAGAUCCCUAGAAAGGUUUACGGUUCAACCAGGAAAAGAUUUAAACCAGUGUUUCUCAAGCUUUAACGUGUAUAGAAAUCACUGGGCUCUUGUUAAAAUUUAGACCCUAAUUUUGUAGGUCUGGUGGGGGGCAGCGCCCUAGAUUCUAUGGGAGCGGUGGGGUGUUCGUUCUGAAACUAGCUGUUAAGACUGCAGCCUCCAUCUUGGUCCAUCACUCCCUCUUGGAUCCCUCAACGCUGGGAGAAGUCAGCUGCAGUGUUCCAAGUCGGCCCUGUGGAGAGCUUGUGUGAGAGACCGAUGCCUGCCAGCAAUCGCGUGACUGAGCUUGGAAGCAGAACCCCUGCGCCCCUGUGACUUAAGCCUUCUGGUGAGACCACAGCCCCAGCUAACAGCUCGACUACAACUUCAUGAGGACCUAAGACAAAGGCAACCAGCUGAGCUGUGGCCGGAUUCCUGACCCAUGGAAACAUAAUAAACGUUCGUUUUAAACCAUUAAGUUUUGGGGUAAUUUGUCGCAUAGCAAUAGAUAACUAAUAUAACGAGCAAAUGGGUUUUUUUGUUUUCUCCCAAAUUUUGUACAAACUGUAGUAUACUGUGUACUCAGCUUUGCACCUCUCCCCCUUGCCCCAAUUACUGUAUCUCGAAGAUCAUUCUAUGUGAAUACAUAAAGAGCUUCCUUAAUUUUUUCUAGAA